AUAUAUAGAAUUCCCGUUCUUAUUUUUGUUUUUUCAUGUAUUGUUAUUAUUUUAAAAUGCAAUAUUAUGAAAAAUGUUUUAUUACAGUCGGUACAACUCGUUUCGAUUUACUUUGCCAACAAGUAAUGUCUACAAAUGUUUUACAAGCUUUAAAGAAAAUCGGAUGCAAAACAAUAGUGUUUCAAAUAGGUAAAAGUGACGUGGAGCCUGGCGAUUAUGAACUUGAAGGUAUAAAACUGUAUUUGUAUAGAUUUAAAGAUUCUAUAAAAGAUGAUAUUCGGAACUCAGAUUUUGUUAUCAGCCAUGCUGGGGCUGGGAGUUGCUUAGAGGUUUUAAGCGCAAAUAAGCCACUAUUGGUUGUUGUGAAUGAAGAUCUUAUGGACAAUCAUCAAUUAGAGUUAGCAGAGCAGCUACAGAUAGAUGGACAUUUAUAUUAUUGCACCUGUGAUACAUUACAGUGUACUGUGGAAGAAGUAGAUUUCAGUGCUCUUGCUCCAUUCCCUAAAGCAGAUCCAGAACCUUUUUUUAAAGCCUUGGACUCUGUAUUUCGUGUUGAAACUUAAAUGUUUAUUUAUUUAUUUGAUUACACAACCAACUACAUUCAUCAGUUGCAAUAUGCAAUAUUUGUUUACUUACUAAUAAAUUGCUUAUUUUUAUAUGAAAUACAUGUUAGUAUGUAAGUUUUUAAAAUAGAAUUAAAAGCAAUAAUGUUGA